AUGAAUGAACCUAAGGUGUCACACAUGAAGGUUGCAAGAAGAAUCCUGAGAUACUUAAAAGGAUCGAUAGACUAUGGAGUUCUAUUUCGACAAGACUCUGAAAGUAAAAAAGCUUCGAUUACUUGUUAUUCAAAUGUUGAUUGGUGUGGAGAUAAAGUAGAUCGAAGAAGCACAACUGGUUAUUUCUUUCAAGUCAUUGGUGCCUCAAUCUCAUGGUGCUCGAGAAAGCAACUUGUGGUGGCAUUGUCAUCGUGUGAGGCUAAAUAUAUAGCAGGAUCCUAUGAUGCAUGUCAAGCAAUUCGGAUCAGAUUUGUGCCAGAAGAGAUCAAGGUCGAAGUGAAGAAACCUCUAGUGUUGCAGAUCGACAACAAGUUAGCUAUUAAUCUUUCAAAUAAUCCAGUUCUGCAUGGAAGGAGUAAUCAUAUCGAAGUUAGAUUUCACUUCUUAAGGGAUAAGGUAAAUUGA